AUGGCAAUGCCGCCUCCUUCAGGCAAGCCGCCGCUGCCAAAGCCAUCGCCGCUCAAGAUACCAGAGCUGCUCGAAGAAGUCAUCAUGCACCUCCCAUUGCGCGACAUCCUGCUCUGCCAGCGUGUCGACACUCACUUCCGUGACGUCGUGCAGGGCUCAAGCAACAUCAAGAAGGUGCUGUUUCUGGAGCCGGCUACCGACAAGGACGUCGUAUACCACGAGACUGUCUGGGCUGGUGCGGAAUGGAAGCGUUGCGAAGACGGCGAAGUUGUGCGCCCGCUCAUGAAUCCGUUCCUCAUGUCGAUCUUUGCAACCGAAAAGCGCUUCUGGGAAUGGGCACCUUUCGACACGAAAAUUCGUCGCUCUUACAUGGGCGUGAACUGCGGAGAGGAUCCUCAAGACUUCUCUAACCUCAGUCUCCCUGGUACUAGUACUCAUUUCAGAGUAAGCAAAUCCAGGGUUGCAAAGGCUGCGAAGAUGUACACGACACAGGCGCUGCAGGUCUACAGCAACUGCUACGCGCAGAUGCUCCUCACCCAUCCACCAUGCAAAGAACUCGGCGCAAAGGCCUGGGAGGAUGGAUUCGCUGCCGUUGAGACUCCUGCUCUGCUCGAAGGUCCGGGGCUUGGUGUCCGCUUCGGUGCUCUUCGCGAAUUUGCAGGUGCUUUGUUGAGUAGGCAACUACUCACAUGCAGCCCUGCAAAGCCGCUCGUCUCCCUGCAAGUGACACUCGCCGGAUUUCCGUUGUGGCGCGUCUGCCCGGAGAGCGUGCUUGACCACGUCACCGGCUGGGAAAUGCUCGCGGUGAUGAACAACCCACACUCCAUGGACGACCAGAUCGACCACAUCAUCACAGCACGCAAGACAUGGGAUCACGUUGCAGACGGGUCCUCGCACGGAGACAACGAGCCAAAGGAGGCGUUUGCUUGGGAACUGGAAACUGUGGAGCAGGAGAGCCCUUUUGAGACGGUCAUGGUGGGUUCUGGCCCAUGGUAGGACCUACGCAUGGAGAGUCACGAUUGGCACUUCGAAAAGUGGAACAGCACUUGGGAAGACGCAAGCAAGACUGCCAGCAUGGACGGAGGCAAUUUGGCGGGAGAAAGCAUUGAAGUAGUCCAGCAUGCAAAAGCCUGGCAUACACGAAGACCCGCUGGUCUUCCACAGCUGAGCAGCUAAGUAAUCGCCUGAUGAAAGGCAACAGUGGCGUAGUUCUGCAUCAGCACGCUUUGCGUAGGGCAAAGAAGAAAAGCGAACAUUCAGCUACGAGAAACUUCUUACUACACUCUACUUCAACAAACAUCGAGCGUGACGAUAUUCACGACAUGAGACCUCAAUCCCUAUACCAAAAAGCCCAUCAAACAAAAUCCGAAAGACAAUAUAUCUUAUGCCAUUCACAUCAACAGAAUUGCUUCCUCGCAUGUGCUCA